AUGUGGUUAAAAGACGAUUUCAAACGAUAUCAUUAUCUUGUGGUACUUCAUACAAUCUGCACUAUAGCAUUUGUUGUACGUUUCAUUGUUUUAUGUACGGAUUUAUCAUCUGCUAAAAGUGAUUCAAUAGCUUUCCCUGUGAUAAUAUUAUUAUUGGAAUUAGGAUCAUCAUUUAUCACUCUUAUUGGAAAUUGUAUCUAUAUUUUUCUUCGUUAUCUUGGACCAAUUUUAUUUGAAUCUGAUCAUGAAAAAGUUGGAUGUUGUUCUCAAUUAUUUGCUUGGAAUUUAUCAACAUUAACAGUUUUCGUUGUGAAUGUUAUCGAGAACAUCCUCAACUUGUUUUAG